UGAUAACGAGCGAUCAUGUCGAGCGUUUCAUUUAUAUUGAAAUUUUUCGCAAUCGCCAUCUUAAUUCACAGUGCAUUCGGAACAUCAUGUGACUCUCCACAAAAUUCCCAGCAUGGCUCAAACUAUCGAAGCUGGCAGGUCUCGAUCGUCUACGAUGGCCAACAGGACCAGUUCAAUCCGCUGCAGUGCAGUGGGGCCAUUCUGAACGAUCGAUUCGUUAUCACGGCCGCUCACUGUUUGCAUGAUUUGAACGGCGAUCCGGUUCCGUUGCCGAUGCUCCAGAUCCAAUCCGUCAACAAUGUGGCUAUCAGCAGAUCGAUCGCAAGGGUGUACCACCCCAAGAAGUUCAACGUAGAGCGUUUGGAUGAUGACGUCGUUUUGUUGAAGCUAGAUCGACCUCUCGCGUUCAACAGAUACAUUUCACCAAUCUGUUUCGAUUCUUCUAAACUUGAGAACCAUCCUGAGAGCUUGACGUUAGACAAAAGUCAUGUAGACCCAGAAUCAGAACUAGAUUUAAUAGAUCUUACCACACUAACGACUGCCAACUGUAACAUGAUUAAUAGUUUGAUAUUCAGCGAAAAUUUUGAAAAUUCUGUUUGUGCCGGUGAAUUUGAAGCUUCCCAGACGUACCACAGAACGGCAGGUAUGGCAUUGAUGAGAAGAGCAAACGAUACAUUGUUUAUCGUAGGAGUUGGACUGUAUACAACUGGCUCAUCACGAGGCAAUAUUUCCUUUGCUGGUGGAAUCAGUCUUAAGUCGUAUGCAGUCUGGAUAGACACGGUAAUUAAUCGCCAUCUAAGACCGAGCGUUAGUGAACAAAAAUGUCAAGAGUACAGCGCAGCUGCUACAAGCAAAGAAAGAGUAGGAGCAUCAACAAUGUGGAUACCAUCAGUGCUGCUUCUGGACGAUCAAAUGAACUAUUUCAAGCCGUCAUGCUAUGCGACCUUGAUCAGUGAGCAGUUUUUGCUAACAAUGGCGCGGUGUAAAUACGUUACAACAAAUAUUCAAAUUCAAUAUGGGUUAUUACACGCAGAUCUAUUCAGCAAAUUCGAAUUUUACAUAAAUCCAUCUGCACCAGAAGGACUAGCACUCAUAAAGCUACCGCGUAACCCUCGCCAAUUCAACCAGGUUAUAAACUGCCUUUGGACAGAGGAAGACACUCCAGUGCAGUUCGAAGUACAAAUUAAGCACGCGUAUAGUCAAACCACUGAGAUGUACUUUCGGGCAGAAUACACCCCAACGAAACCGAUAAAGCUGGUCAAUAUCAACCGUUGCUACCAUGUUUCUUCCAUGAUCAUGAGUUCGGCCCCUGGAGACGCCGUGGUGCUAAAAAGGGAUAACGAAACGCUACCACGAGUUGUCGGAAUGACCACCAGAGGGUUUGGUGGAUGUUACGAUCAAACCGCGGAGAGCGUCGCCGAGAAACUCGAUUGGAUUGAGGGCAUUGUGUGGGGAAAGUUGUAGGUCUAACUUUGUGACGAAUUGGAAAAAUAAAUGAACUUAUUUGCAA